AUGUUGACUCGUCCCGUGGCCGCAGCAUUGAGUUGCCGACAAUGCCAAUCUUCAAUUAUACGUGCUGUUGUGUCGCGUCCAGCCACGAGGCCUUUUCGCAGUUUUCCCCAAACAUCACGAUGGGCGACAGCGACAAGGUUUUAUUCAGAUGUCAAGACUACCGAUCCGAUAGGCGAAAAGGCCGCUUCAAUUUCGCCCACACCCAGGGACAUUUUAAAUGAUUCCAUCGACGUUCCAGAGUCCGAGGAAUCUGGCGACGUUCCCUGGUUUCUCGAAGUCGAACCUCCGCGACACCCCGAAAGUCAACAUGCAGUCGAGCUGCCCAAGGUCCCCGAAGGCGCACCAGAAGUCAUUGAGCCAAUGAUCAAAUACAUCUUUGAGGACAUGGGCCUGGACGACAUUUCUCUUCUGGACAUGCGCGAAGUUGAUCCUCCGGCUGCUCUUGGCCCUAAUCUGAUCAUGCUCUUUGCGACAGCUCGCAGCGAACGGCAUCUUCAUAUCUCGUCUGGCCGCUUUGUGCGAUGGCUUCGAAAGAAUCACAACAUUUCCGCGCGGGCCGAUGGAUUAAUUGGACCCGGUGAACUUCGUACAAAACUACGCCGACUUCGAAAAAAGGCAAAGCUCAUGGGAACCAAUACUGCCAUUAUUCCCGGUGGCGACAAUGGCAUCUCCACUGGAUGGGUCUGCGUCAACUUUUCUUCCAGCGGUGACCAGACUAAUGAAGCGGCCAAGGUCGAUGAUAGCGGUCGCUUCUCUGGAUUCGGUGCGCCCCAGACUGGUACCACUGUGGUGGUUCAGUGUAUGACAGACUCUCGAAGAGCAGAGCUUGACUUGGAAACUCUUUGGAAGGGUAUUUUGAAAAAGAAUUUAAAGCAAAACAGGCAAGCCCGCGGGGAGAAGAUGGACAGUCCUGAGGAGCUCGAGAGACUUCUUGCAUCCAAGAUCCAAUUACCCAAAUCAGGAUCUGCUCUGCAAUGGCAGGCUAUGCAGAAUGCCUCUCAACGGCGUGCCUACACUACCAGCGCGCGACGACUGUUACCACGUCUUGCAUCAGGGCAUCGAAGUGCGCACCCUCGGGACGAUUUUAUCCAUGCCAAACGCAAUGUAGUGAACUCUGAUAACCUACCUACGAAGGAUACAAAGACACUCGCCCAAAUCCGCGACCGGUUUGAGAAUAUACAACUUGCCGGACUACCCCUCACGCAGCAAAUGUUAUGCGAGUUUGUCACAGAAGCAUUUGCAGGGACUGGAUCGGAACCGCUUGCACAAGAACGACUCUCCCUGGUCGACCAGAUACUCUGGACAGCCGAGGAGAGGGGCAUGACGAUCUGGGACUCUGCAAUGUUUACCUCACUUGUCGAAGGUUUCUUGCUGUCGCCAUCUUACAAGCAGCGGUCGUUCUCGAGAGCACAGACCAACAUUCAAACCCUCAUGGACCGGUCGGAUUGCUUGUUUACCACAUCUGAGCUUUGCCGCUUAGUGACGGCAUAUGGCAAGCGAAAAGAAUGGCCUCGUGUCUGGGACAUUUUAUACAGACCACAUUUACACAAACUUUCCAGGGCGCCAGAGCUCUACGCCUGUGUCUUUAAAGUUCUGGCAGAUACCCGCAACCAAAUUCUAUGUAUCGAGAAUCUGCGCUGGAUCUAUAUCGAAAUGCUCAACGAAACGGAACCCGUCUCCAUAACGGGCCGGGUCUAUACCACCCUCAAAGACUGCAUCAAAGUCUGCGACCCAGCGGCUGAGUAUCUCCUAAAGAAUGGCUUCGAAUUUCUUCUAAGAAAUAAACAUCUUGGUGAGGCAACGACCAAUAUCUACAAGCAAGCAAGAUUGAAGAACAGAGAAUAUCUUAAUAUGCUCAGAGAGGUUGAAGUGCUUCAUAACGCACAUAUCAGAGCAUAG